AUGACUGUUGAAUACAAACUUGUUGUCGUUGGAGAUGGUGGUGUAGGUAAAUCAGCUCUAACAAUAAGACUUAUUCAAAAUCAUUUUGUUGAAGAAUAUGAUCCAACAAUUGAAGACAGUUAUAGAAAACAAGUACUUAUUGAAGGAGAAACAUGCCUUCUAGAUAUUUUAGAUACUGCUGGUCAAGAAGAAUAUAGCGCUAUGAGGGAUCAAUAUAUGCGUGCCGGUGAUGGUUUUCUCCUUGUUUUUGCUGUAAAUGAAGUAAAAUCAUUUGAAAAUAUUGCUUCUUUUAGGGAUCAAAUUAUGCGAUGCAAAGAUAGUGAUGAUGUACCAAUGGUUAUGGUGUGUAAUAAAUGUGACCUUCCAACAAGAAAUAUUUCUCUUAAAGCUAUUCAAGAUAGUUCACGUGGUUAUGGUAUUCCAUAUAUUGAAACAUCAGCUAAAAAUGGUGUUAAUGUUGACUCUGCCUUCCAUACUUUAGUCAUGGAAAUUCGCAAACGUCGCCAUGUUAAGACAACUAAAAAGAAGAAUAAAGGAUGUACAAUUCUUUAA